AUGAAUAGUAUAGAAUCAUCUGCACUUAAAUAAGAUAUUAAAAAAGACUUAGGCUCUCCUCUACUUAAACUUGAAUCUGGCAGUAGAAAUUCUAAUCUCUAAGCUAGCCCUUAGUUUAAAGCAAUCAGUUAGGACAACGCCAAUGUUAUUCAGAAAAAUAGCCAGGGAUCAAUUUUUUCGAAGAUCAAAACAAAUAAUAGCAGAAGAGUAAAUCUCAAUUAAUAAAUUGAAGAUUUAAAUAACUACCCGGCAGCAACAGAAUAUUAAAUUUAAGUCUAAGUAUAACAAAAACAAAGUGAAUCGAAUCCUCUCUAGAUCCCAUAAUAAAACACAAUCAACAACGCCAAUAAUAAUUAAAAAAGAAGAGGCAAGUUUUCAACAUUUGCAAAUAUUCAGGAAAAGCUAAAAGCUAUAGAAGCUGAGUAUAAAAAUAAGCAAGCAGUACAAAAGCAACAACUACAGCAAGAUCAAGGAAUCCUAGAACUACCUAAAGUAAAAGUGGUGGACGGAGACUUAAAAAAGUAUGAGGGUAAAAUAUAUGAGGAUGCUGACACUGGAGUGAUAAAGAUUGAGUAAAGAACAGGCUAAAUAAACCUAGAUGAUCUCAAUAUUUAGAGGAAGGAACAGGGAUUCAUGGACAAAAUAAAAGAGAAAAAAGAAGUAAACAGCAAUCAUCUCUAACUACCUUAGAUUAAAAACGGAAGUCUUGAAUCGUCCAUUCUGAAGUCAGAUCACUCAUCUGUAUUAUCCCCCUCUUAAAGAAAUAUAAGUUCACCUUAUGAGAACACUCACAGGUCAGUUAUACUGAGGGAGCCAGCAAAACCAGCUAUUCAAUAUAACUUAGCAAAUAGUGCUCACAAAGGAUCAUAAAUAACUCUUAGCAAUAAAAUAUAAAUUGCCUCACAGACUCUAAAUAAAAAUGAGAGUGUCUAAGAGAGACAAGAGAAUAAACUCUAAGUACAGAAAAAACUUGAAAAACUAAAGUCGAAACUGACAGCUGCUGGCAACACUGAUAGAGAUAAUGUUGACUUACUAUUUCUUGAGAAAAACAACCUUCUUUAUCAAUCACUUAACUACAAGUAAAGUGAGGAGCCGAGCUAACUUAUAACAGAAGAAGACUCUGAUUCCGAUUAAGAGGAAAUUUUGUCACCAAAUAAAGUACGAAGGAUAAAACUGCUGGAGUCAAUUCAUGAAAACCCAACAAUAAAUGAAAUCCUAAAUGCUUAAAGCUAGAAAAAGAACCCAGCCAUUAACAGGUAUAAAUCUCAUGACAAACUGUAGCCAUUACCAGCCAAGGUAAAAAAUAACAAGCUAACUGCAGCUGAUUUCGCUGACUAGCUUGACAGUCUAGAGAGUAAUUUUGAAAUGUCUAUUUAAAAUACUCCAAGUGACCCAUCUACAAUGUAAAUCUUGGCUAAUUUAAAUAAUAACAUCAACAAUACAUCGACCUUUACUAGUACUAUGAAUAAUUCCAUGAUUGGAAGUAACAGCACAAGCAAACUUCUUCCUAGCAUUCAAAGUUAAAAGAUAGAUCAGCUAUUUAAUUACAGAAAUAAUGUUAUAUAAAACAGCAAAGAUAAGCCAAAGCAAGGUGCUAAUGUAAGUGGUAUAACUGGACAAAGAAAAAGUUUAUUUCUGCAAUAAACUAAUUUAGUCCUCAAUAGCAUGAGUAUGAAUACUAUCAAGAGAGCUAAAUUUCAAGUCCAUAAAUUAUAUCUCUUGCAAAAAGGAGGCAAAACUUUGAGCUUUGACCUUGUAAAUGAUGAAGUAAGAAUAUUCAAUGUGAAAAAGUAUGCAGAGUCUAUAAAAUAACCUAGUACAAUAAUUGAAAAUAAUGGUAUAUUGGUUAUGACUGGUGGUAUAAACACUGAAUCUGCUAAAGUUUCUCAUUAAGCUCAUAUGAUUGACACUUAAAAUGAAAGAGUGAUAGAGAUGGCAGAUAUGCUAGAGCCUAAAUACAAACAUAAAACUAUUUACUGCAACAACAAAAUUUUUGCCUUGGGCGGUUAUAUAAACAUCUCUCAAUCAUCAAAAUCAUAGACGAUUCAAAGAUACGAUGUUGAUCUGAAUAAAUGGUUUGUUUGCAAUCCAAUGAAAUUCGGCCAUGCAGGUGAAUAGUUUUAUGUUAUUGCCAAUAAUAUUUCUCAUUACUUAUAUGUGUUUGGAGGUUGUGACAAUCCUGAUAAUUCGAAGACCAUUGAGAAGUAUGAUAGCAUCCUCGACGUUUGGAUAUCAUUGAAUAUAAAACUACCAUCAAAAUUUUUAAACAGACCAAAUUAGAUCUUUUAUCUUUCAUCCCCUAGUGAUGCUCUACAUCAAAUAAUAUUUGGAUAAUAAGAUAGUGACGACAGAAGUGAUAAAAUUAUUCAUAUUGACUAGGAUAAAACAGCUAAGCAGUUCUUGAUCAAUUCCCUACAUCUUGCUAAAGCCAAAUUCUUGACUAACUUUAAACUAGAAGAUCUAAACUCAUAAUAAAACAUUUGGAAUGCCAGAAUCUAAGGGGAGUGUCUCUUUGUGCUUAGAGAGGGUAUAGAUCUAGCAAUGGAAAGAUUCGAUCUUACAAAAAAUGUGGGUCAUCUUUCGAAGCUCAAAUUUAAUUAAAAAGAAGAUUUAAAGGCUAGAGUUCUAGGAUCUGAUGACUCAACCAAAUUUUUAAGUCCAGUUAGAAAUAGCCACGACAACUUAUUCAAAAACAUGAAUUCUCCAGCAAAAAGCUAAUCUCCCAAAGACUCAUUUAACUAGGAUAGCUAAAACAUUAGUAGUGCUACUACUCUGCCUUCAAUCAAUAACAUUUUUAAAUUUGGCAAUAACAACAGCUCUACUUUUGGACUUUUUAACGUUAAAAAUAAAUUAAAAGAAAAGCAACAAAUAAGAGAAGAUUAAUUAUGA